AUGGUUAUAUCUCAGAGUGAUCAAGUAGUUCAUACGCAAGUCUAUGUGAAGUCUGACAAGCGGACUGUGUUCUGUUCUUUUGUUUAUGUGCAUAAUUAUUAUAUUGACCGAAGGGUUUUAUGGCAUGAUUUGAUUCGGCAUAAGGUUUUUGUUCAAGAUAAACCUUGGGUUUUACUUGGGGAUUUUAAUGCUGCGCUUUUUCUUGUGGAUAAAGAUGUUGGUAGUUCACGUAUUGACACAACUAUGAGAGAUUUUAAAGAAUGUGUGGAUGAGAUUGAGGUCACUGAUGUGAAUAGAAUUGGAGCUCAUGCUUUGUUUCAGCCAUAUCGAACGUCUGAUCAUGCUCCGGUUGUGCUUUGUUUUCCUUUGGUGUCGAAAUUUAAACCUAAGCCUUUUAAGUUUGCUAAUGUCUUAGUGCAUCAUGAUAACUUUAAGCAGGUGGUUAUGGAGUUAUGGAGUAAUGAAGUUCAAGGAUAUCAUAUGUUUAAGGUUGUUAAGAAGCUCAAGGCUUUAAAGCAACCUUUGCGUAAAUUGUUGUUUAGUAAAGGUAAUUUGCAUUCUAAAGUGGAGAACCUGCGUUUUGAGCUUGACGAGGUUCAAAAGGCUAUAGAUAGAGAUCCCUCUAAUCAUGAUCUUAGGGAUGAAGACGCGGCCUAUUUGAAAGCUUAUAAUGAUGUUUUUUUAGAUGAACAAUGGUUCUUGAAGCAAAAGGCCAAGGUUAAUUGGCUGCGGGUAGGUGAUUCUAAUUUGGCUUAUUUCCACAAGGUCGUUAAAGCAAGGAAGGCUAGAAAUCGAAUUGAUUCGGUUAUUGAUUCUUCUGGUAACCGAGUUGAUGGGGAUGCUGUUGGGCCUGCAUUUGUAGCUCAUUACAAAAUGUUUCUUGGAACUCCUGGCAUAGUGUCUCGGCUCAAUUCUAAUGGUCUAUUUUGUAAGAAACUCACUAACGAUAAGGUAAGUGCUUUGGGGAGACCAAUUUCAAAUGAAGAGGUUAAAUUGGCAAUCUUUGAAAUGGGUGAUGAUAAGGCUCUGGGUCCAGAUGGUUUCUUUGCGGCGUUUUUUAAAAACUCUUGGGACAUAGUUGGGCCAAAUGUUAUUGAUGCUCUCAAAGAUUUUUUCUUGAGCGGACGACUACUAAAGGAGAUCAUCGCUAAUCAGAUUAACGAUUGUUUACAUAAGUUAGUGGGUUCGAAUCCAUCAGCUUUAAUACCGGGAAGGAGUAUUUCAGAUAACAUUUUAUUGACCCAAGAACUAUUGCAUAAUUAUCAUUUGGAUAGAGGCACUCCGAGAUGUGCUUUUAAGGUUGAUAUUCAAAAAGCAUAUGACAUGGUUGAUUGGAGGUUCUUAAAGAGAAUUUUGAUAGAGUUCGGUUUUAAUUCUACUAUGGUUCAUUGGAUUAUUACAUGUGUGGCUACUACAUCUUUCUCUUUGUGUAUUAAUGGAUCUCUUCAUGGUUUCUUUUCCGGUAAAAGGGGUUUGAGACAAGUGGAUCCUCUUUCUCCAUAUCUAUUUACCCUGGUUAUGGAGGUCUUGACACUUAUGUUGAAAAGGAGGAUUCGUGAAUCAGGUGGGUUCACAUUUCAUCCCAAAUGUGAUGGACUAGACAUCAUUAAUUUGUGCUUUGCAGAUGAUCAGUGA